CUUUCCAGGCUCACAUUAAAUUUCCUAUCGACUAUCCGUAUUCACCACCUACCUUCAGAUUUCUGACCAAAAUGUGGCACCCUAACAUUUAUGAGAAUGGAGAUGUAUGUAUUUCAAUUCUUCACCCACCUGUAGAUGACCCGCAAAGUGGAGAGCUGCCAUCUGAGAGGUGGAACCCUACCCAAAAUGUCAGGACUAUCUUACUAAGUGUAAUCUCUUUGCUUAAUGAGCCCAACACAUUCUCUCCUGCCAAUGUGGAUGCAUCAGUCAUGUUCAGAAAAUGGAGGGACAGUAAAGGAAAAGACAAGGAAUACGCUGAAAUCAUAAGGAAACAGGUUUUGGCUACUAAAGCUGAGGCAGAGAAGGAUGGUGUGAAGGUCCCCACUACGCUGGCAGAGUACUGCAUCAAAACUAAAGUGCCUUCCAAUGACAACAGUUCAGAUUUGCUUUAUGACGACUUGUACGAUGACGACAUUGACGAUGAAGAUGAGGAGGAGGAGGACGCCGACUGUUAUGAUGACGAUGAUUCUGGCAACGAGGAGUCGUGACCUGCUCCCUCUGUGCCCCUGUACUGCCCUGCCAACUCAGGCCGGAAGGGAGCAGCGGUAACCUAGCAGCAGUCCAGCAAAAAAGUGUGUGGGGGGGAUCAAAAAACUUUUUGUCUCCUGCUGUCUCCUGUUGUAUGGAUCUGUUUGCUCCUUUUUUAUGGACCUCUUAGAGACCCUCCACAGAAUGUCUGAAUUCUUGCAUUCUUAACCCUUUCAUCACUGUAUUAUGAUUUCUUUUUAAAAAAGAAACUCCCCUUUUCACUUCUCUACGAAACGCUCACAGCGAAACAGGUUUGCUCGCGUUUAGAUUCUUGAAUUAAAUACAGUCUUGCAUUGAGAUGUUUAAUGUA